GUUACGAAUUAUUCAUUCGCGCCCCACUUCCCGUCAAGGCCAACACCAUCGAUUAAGUAUAUGUAACUGACAGGACCCCAGUUUGUUCCGAAAAUCCUUAUUCCAUCCAAUAAAAAUGUUGCAGCCGAUUUUCGCAAGGGCUUUGACUAGGCAACUAUUGGGGAAUUCGAGGUACUUACGCCCCAUCCGAAUCACUUCAUCUCCUAGGAUAUUCUGUCGCACUUCCUUGAGGCGGUCUUUAGAUUUCAACAUGAACUCCUCAAGUACCAGAUCCUACAGUGCCACCGAGCUGGAUGUGGUGGAUUUUCGCAUUAGGAAAGACGGGCCAAGCACAUUGCAGAACCCACACUACACAUAUGCCUUCCGCUAUUGGGGAUUCGUAAUCAUUCGAACUACAUACACGCCAGAGUCUGAUCUCCAAUGGCCCGUCGCCAUGGCGAAAUUAUCCGACUGGCUACUGUUGGAGAUGAAGGAAAAAUACAAUACUUCAACUACAGAUCAAGACCGCGUCAUUGAGAAAUUUAGGAACCUGAUUGCGGAUGACAAAGCACUGUAUGAUGGGAUGCCAAUGAACGAUGCGAUUCUGCACUUCGAUGAUAUCCUUAAUGAGCAGUAUAAUGUUACGUUGAAGUACAGUUCGCCAGAGCAUUUCGAGAAAACAAGGGAUUUUCGGAUUCCCGAGCUUGUCGAGCAAUCUCUCGUCGAGUCUGACCCCGAGGUCAAAAAAGAUCUCCUCGAAGCAUCGUAUUGGUGGCUCAACAGUCACAUAUGUCUUGUAAUGGACGAGGAGUCGCUAGAUGAUCUCGUGGAGCUCCCUGUGGAGAUCCCUGGUUUCGAUUUGACUUCGAUGCUGCAAGAAUUCAGGGAGGACCCUCACGGUCCUCCACCUGUUCCGCGGACGGCAUAUCUCAAAGUUGCCAUGCAACAUUCAGAUUUCGAUUUGAUGGAUCGCAAGCAGUAUCAUAGUGCCGAGGAUCCGGACUGGUACGCUCAGUGGGCUAAAUGGGCAGUUCAUAAUGGCUUGGGACAGAUGCAUCGGUCUUAUGAAACUUGCGAGCUAGAUGCGGGCAUGAGAUUGGAGCGACUAUACGGGCAGCCAUAUGUCGAAAUUUACGGGCAGGACUAAUAUCUAUUUGCUUCUUGUACGUGUUGGGAUGCUUUGGGACAGAUCAAACGAGUUACACAUGACGUUCUUAGUGUAAGUUAAGAGGUUUUCGCAGCCUGAGUUGUUUACAUAGUUCGAUAUUAUCAAAACUAGCCAUUGAUCUUAAUUUCAGGUUAUCUAAAAAAAAGUCCUAACUCUGCU